AUGGCACAAGAGCAGUUAAUAAAACAACGCUUAAUUUAUUCCAUUUUAAAAUUCCUUGAUAGUGAAAUACAAGCUGAAUCAGGAAAUAUUGAACGGCGAGAGAGCAUUGAAGUUGCUGCUCAAUGUCUUGAAACUGCAUUUAAUAUAUCGGUUGCUAAUCCUCAAAAUGAUUCAAUUUAUGGUCCACCUGUAGAUCUUCUAUCAGUUGUAUCUAACACACCACCAGCGAAUAUGCUUUUAACAGAUGAUAUGAGACAACAAGCCGAUAGAUUUAAAAAUCAAGGAAACGACUUUAUUAAACAAGAAAAAUACCAAGAAGCUCUUGAAGCAUAUAAUGCAGCCGUAAAAAUCGAUGCUAAUAAUGCUAUUUAUUAUUGUAACCGUGCUGCGGCUCAUAGUAAAUUGGGUAACAAUGAUCAAGCAUUCAGAGAUUGUUUUCGUGCAAUUGAAAUUGAUCCAAACUAUAGUAAAGUUUAUGGAAGGCUUGGGGCCAUAUAUCUAACAACGGACAAAGUAAACGAAGCGCUUGAUGCUUAUAAAAAAGCUCAUGCACUUGAUCCAAAUAAUGAGAAUUAUAUACAAUCGAUUCGACUCUGUGAAGAACGAUUGAAUGCAACCAAUAAUACUAAUCCGCCCAAUGCUCCAAAUUUAUCAUCGAUGUUUGGUUCAUUAUUGGGCGGUGCAAGUGGUGGCACACCUGAUAUGAUGUCAUUCCUUAAUAAUCCUGCUUUGAUUAAUAUGGCAUCUCAAUUUGUUCAAAAUCCACAAGUUCAAGGAUUAAUGGCUAACUUGGUAACAAAUCUAGGUGGGCAAGAAGGUGGGCAAGGCGGUAUAAGUACUCUAUUACAAGCAGGUCAACGUAUGGCAAGUGAAUUAUCAAGUAAUAAUCCUGAUUUAAUUGAAUCACUUCGACGUAAUAUGAAUAAUCCGUCGCAACAGAAUCGAAACAAUAAUUCAGGGCCGAAUUCUGAUAAUCAAUCAGAUCAAAACAGACCGUCAUCAUCAUAA